AUGUCUGAUAGCUCUUCCCAUUUUUCCUUCCCAAAAGAGGAAGAAAAAGUUUUAGCUUUAUGGAAUGAAAUAGAUGCAUUCCACACCACACUAGAGUUAACUAAAGACAAGCCUGAAUUCUCCUUCUUUGAUGGACCACCUUUUGCAACAGGUACUCCCCAUUAUGGUCAUAUCUUAGCCUCCACCAUUAAGGAUAUUGUUCCAAGAUAUGCUACUAUGACAGGUUACCACGUUGAAAGAAGGUUCGGUUGGGAUACUCAUGGUUUACCAAUUGAACAUAUCAUCGACAAAAAAUUAGACAUUCAUUCUAAAGAAGAUGUUUUCAAAUUCGGUUUAGAAAAUUACAAUAACGAAUGUAGAGCUAUUGUUAUGACCUAUGCUGAUGAAUGGAGAAAAACUAUCGGUCGUUUAGGUCGUUGGAUUGACUUCGACAAUGAUUAUAAAACUAUGUACCCAUCCUUUAUGGAAUCUACAUGGUGGGCUUUUAAGCAAUUGUUUGAAAAAGACCAAGUUUACCGUGGUCAAAGAGUUAUGCCAUAUUCUACUGGGUGUACUACACCAUUGAGUAAUUUUGAAGCUCAACAAAACUAUAAAGAUGUCAAUGAUCCAGCUGUUACUAUCGGUUUUGAUGUUGUUGGUCAAGAAAAGACUCAAUUUGUUGCUUGGACUACCACACCAUGGACUCUUCCAUCCAACAUGGCUUUAUGUGUUAACCCAGAAUUCGAAUAUGUAAAGAUUUACGAUGAAAAUAAGGACAUGUAUUUCUAUACCCUAGAAUCAUUGAUUAAAACAUUAUACAAGAAGCCAGCUGCUGAAAAAUAUAAGGUUGUCGAAAAAGUUAAGGGUUCUGACUUAGUUGGCAUGAAAUAUAAGCCACUAUUCAACUACUUUUAUGAUGAUUGGAAAGACACUGCUUUCAGAGUUCUUGCUGACUCUUAUGUUUCUAAUGAUUCUGGUACUGGUAUUGUUCACAAUGCCCCUGCUUUUGGUGAAGACGAUUACAGAGUCUGUGUCGCCAAUGGCGUUAUUAAGGAAGAUUCUGAUUUCCCUAACCCAGUUGAUGAUGUUGGUAAUUUCCUUGACGAAGUUACUGACUUCAAAGGUAUGUACGUUAAAGAUGCUGAUAAAUUUAUCAUCAAGCAUUUAACUGCUAGUGGUAACAUGUUAUUAGCUAGUCAAAUUCGCCAUUCUUACCCAUUCUGUUGGAGAUCUGAUACCCCAUUAUUAUACCGUACUGUUCCAGCUUGGUUUGUUCGUGUUAAGAACAUCGUUCCACAAUUAUUAGAAUCUGUUAAGAAAACUCACUGGGUUCCAGAAGUUAUUAAGGAAAAGAGAUUUGCCAACUGGAUUGCCAAUGCUCGUGAUUGGAAUAUUUCGAGAAAUAGAUAUUGGGGUACUCCAAUUCCAUUAUGGGCUUCCGAAGAUUUAACUGAAAUUGUCUGUGUUGGAUCCAUUGCUGAACUAGAAGAAUUAUCUGGUGUUAAAAACAUUACUGAUUUACAUCGUGAUACCAUUGAUAAUAUUACUAUUCCAUCCAAGAAGGGUAAUGGUCCAUUAAAAAGAAUUGAAGAAGUUUUUGACUGUUGGUUCGAAUCUGGUUCUAUGCCCUAUGCUUCUCAACACUACCCAUUUGAAAACAAAGAUUUAUUCAAGCAAAGAGUCCCAGCUAACUUCAUUUCCGAAGGUUUGGAUCAAACUAGAGGUUGGUUCUAUACUUUAAGUGUAUUAGGUACUCAAUUAUUUGGUGAAGUUCCAUAUAAGAACGUUAUUGUUUCUGGUAUUGUUUUGGCUGCCGAUGGUAAGAAGAUGUCAAAAUCAUUGAAGAACUACCCAGAUCCAAAUAUUGUUCUAAACCAAUAUGGUGCCGAUGCCUUAAGAUUAUAUUUGAUUAACUCUCCAGUUUUGAAAGCUGAAAGUUUGAAAUUUAAGGAAGAAGGUGUUAAAGAAGUUGUUUCUAAAGUUUUAUUACCAUGGUGGAAUUCGUUCAAAUUCUUGGACGGUCAAAUUGCUUUAUUAAAGAAAACUUCUGAUAUCGAUUUCCAAUAUGAUCCUACCUUAAGAAGUGAUAAUGUUAUGGAUAGAUGGGUUCUAGCCUCAUUACAAUCAUUGGUCAAAUUUAUUCACGCUGAAAUGUCUGAAUAUAGAUUAUAUACUGUCGUUCCAGAAUUAUUGCAAUUCAUUGAUUCUUUAACCAACUGGUAUAUUAGAUUCAAUCGUCGUCGUUUGAAGGGUGAAAACGGUGUUAGUGAUUGUGUUAAAGCUUUAAAUACUUUGUUCGAAGCUUUAUUUACUUUUGUUCGUGCUAUGGCUCCAUUCACCCCAUUCUUAUCUGAUAGCAUCUACUUAAGAAUGAAAGAAUAUAUUCCAGCUGAUAUUAUCAGUAAGUUUGGUAAGGACAGCAGAUCUGUUCACUUCUUAUCUUACCCAGUUGUCAGAGAAGAAUUAUUCGAUGAAGCUAUUGAAAAGGCAGUUGGUAGAAUGCAAUCUGUUAUUGAAUUAGGUAGAAAUAUUCGUGAAAAGAAGACCAUUUCUUUGAAAACUCCAUUAAAGAGUUUAGUUAUCUUGCAUGGUGAUAAGGAAUACUUAAAGGAUGUUGCUGCUCUAAAGAACUACAUUGUAGAAGAAUUAAAUGUCCGUGAUGUUAUUAUUACUGAUGACGAAGCUAAAUACGGUGUUGAAUACACAGCCAUUGCUGAUUGGCCAGUUUUGGGUAAGAAAUUAAAGAAAGAUGCUAAAAAAGUUAAAGCUGCUUUACCAACUGUUACAUCUGAGCAAGUUGUCCAAUAUCUAGAAACUGGUAAAUUAGUUGUUGAUGGUAUUGAAUUGGUUAAGGGUGACUUGAACGUUGUUAGAGGUUUACCAGAAUCUAAGACACAAGAAGGUCAAGAAACCAGAACUGAUCAAGAAGUUUUAAUUAUCUUAGAUACUAAGAUCUACGAUGAAUUAAAGACUGAAGGUCUUGCCAGAGAAUUGGUCAAUAGAAUCCAAAAAUUAAGAAAGAAAUGUGGCUUAGAAGCUACUGAUGAUGUCUUAGUUAAGUACGAUCUGGUUAAGGAUACCAUUGAUUUCGAAUCAGUUAUCAAAGCUCAUGGUGAAAUGUUGACUAAAACCUGUAGAUCUGAAAUCUCUAAGGAUGAUGGUAAGAGAACAGAUGCUAUUGCUGAUGAAGAACAAACUAUUAACGACACAGUUUUUCAAAUUGAAAAUAUUCAAGUUAUAAAUAUUAUUAUAGCACUGCAAACUAUUACAUUGUCCUUUACUUUAUUGUACAUUAGAUAUAUCUGGUUUGCAAAGAAUAUCAUUAUAUUAUGUAUGAUUUUUUUUCCCUUCUAUGAGUUGUUCAUCACUAGCAAUCCAUUUAUAGAUUUAUUAUUCCUUGUCUUUUACUUUUAUUUACCCUGUUGCAUUCGUUGUAUAAAAUAG